AUAGAAACAAAGCGUAUAAGAGAAAAAUAGAAGAGACGGUGAGUGGGGUGCGCAGUGUGGUGUGUGGGAAGAAACACGUGUAAGCCAAGCUAGGGUUUGUGUCCGCCUUGGUUUGCGAUUUAUCUUUCAAGAGCUGGAUCCGUAUCAAUUUCCUCCGUCAAGAGAAAUCUCUUUUGCUCGAUCCUUCGGCGAUCUCGGAAACAUGUACGGUCCCAGAGGGUUUUUAUGUAAGUAUAUUUAGACCAUCUUCUGGUUCAACAGCCUGGACUAGCUGGUUUAACCUGAACCUGAAACUAUACUGGGUCACUAUUUGGUCUGGCUUUCAUUGUUUUCCUUUUUACCCUGAAGAAAGAAAAGAAGCAAAAGUAACCAUAGAAUAGAGCUGUUUGAGGCUUUCAAAUUGAAUUGAGGAUGGGAGACGAAGCAAGUGAAGAGCAUCAAAGUUCACUAGCGGCUCCUUUCAUAUUUUUCGUCGUUCUUGCAUUUCAGUUUGCUUCCUUUUGGCUUGAUCACUUCAAAAAGAGUGGAUCUGAGAAUGAAAAAGAAAAUCAGUUGCGUGAAGAAAUAAGACAACUUUUAAAGGAGGCAAGCUCAUUGUCGCAGCCAUCAACCUUUGCGCAAGCAGCAAAACUCAAAAGACAGGCAGCUGCAAAGGAGAGGGAACUUGCAAAGUGUCUAAAUGUACAUGUCAAAGAUACUGCUUUGUAUUCGAAAGUUCUGCUCAUCUUAAAGGUUUCCACAUAUUUAAUUCUGCUUAUUUGGUUUUGGAGUGUUCCUGUGGCUAGCAUAUCUCAACAACUUGUGCAACCAUUUGGGAGAUUAUUAUCUUGGAGGACUGCAGGGGUUCAAAAUAACAAUGUUAUGGUUGGGAUAAUACCCUGGCUGAUAGUAUCUACCAAGGUUUGCAUAUUUAUUUGUAGACUCACCUUUAGCAAAUAGAUUGCCUUGAUCUUCAUCUAGAAUGACAAAAUUUCUAGCUUCGAGGACUGGUAUCCUGGAUUUGAAAUGGAAGGAAAAAGACAUUAGUAGAUUUGUAUACCUUAAUUUGUUCUUUCCCUCCUCUUGUCUAGUUGAUAAGUUCAUUAAGUAUUCCAUUUUUUUUCCUUUUUUGAGUAGAGGCAACGUGUAAAUCCAUUCUGCAUAUGCAAGCAAAGUUUUCCCAUGCUUGUGUAAUAUGGUAGCAUUAUGUUUAUUGCUUUUUUUCCCCCCUAUUUUUGUCUUUACUAAGGAUAGACGUCUAUAAAUGCUUCUGGAUUAG